AUGUCCCUGCGUCCUCUCGGAUAUCAAUGCAACCUAUCCUAUGCGCAAUUCUUCCGCAAUGGACCACAAACAAGACAUACUAUAACACAACACUUAAGAUCAUUUUCUGGAUUACGCGACACCUAUUGCACACAUCGCUGGUCUGCGACAAGUCCACACCAUGCCAACAAACCUUCGUUUUCGCUACGGAGCUUUCUCGGUAAUUUCUUGAGACCUGAAAGCAGUCCCCGGGGCCAUGGCAAGGUAUCAUGGACUCAACAACGUCGCCAUGAGACUUCUGCAGCCAAAGAUCCAGAACUUUGCGCGCAUUGCGGCGGAAAAACCGUUCCCAAGGCUAGAAGACACGUUGAAACUGGCAACCCUUCCAGCGGCUGGCACUGCAAAGCGUGUAUUCGGAACAUCCAUGCCCAUGGUCAUCUACCAACCGAGGAGCAGAUUGCAGCGACUAAUCGGCGAAAACGAAUCAGGGCCAGCGGAGAGGCAAGCAAAAUAAGUCCAUGUAGGCACUGCGGCGAGAUGACUGCUCCGAGAACUAGCCGUAAAUUCGUUGAUACGAAUAAUCCUUCUGCUGGGUUUCACUGCCGGACAUGCGUUCGACAUUUCAAUCAUCACGGCGCCCUCCCAACCGAGCAAGACCUCGCGGCGUUCAAGUACCGCAAAGAGAUGCGGAAGAGGAGUACGAGUAAACGUACCUCUACUGUCGCCUCAAAAAAUAAUGCAUUGGAUGAUUUGAUGACAGAAUCCAUGGCUCACGACCAUUCCCAGUCGCGCGGCGAUUCCAAGUCCCCUAAGCAGAUGAAACAGAGCCGUGGCGAGUACCCCUGCAUGCACUGUGGUGACAAAACUAUCUCCAGCAGUAAGCGUAGGCUUGUUGAGCCCCAGAAUCCUGCGGCAGGUUACUACUGCCAGCCAUGUACGCGGUCCCUACUUGAAACAGACUCUUUGCCGAGCAGUGCCAAAAUCGCAGCGCUCAGAAAGCUCAGAGCGACCCGUUCACAAAACAACCCCCGGGUCUUGAAAAGCCCUUGUCUUCACUGCGGUGAGAUCACCGCCCCUAGCAGCAAGCGCCGACUCGUUGACUCGAAGGACCCUCAAUCCGGGUAUUACUGCCGUGCUUGUGCGGAUUGUUUAAUCGAAACCAAUUCCCUGCCGAGCGAUAUACGCCUUGCAGUUCGCAGAGCGCGAGAGCAGGUCAGGCUGAAAAACUUGCAGGCCAGUCUAUCUAAAGAGUCGCAACCCACGGACUCUCAGGACGAAAAAGCUAUAUCAACAUACACGCCAACAGACAAUACCGCAAAUGCUUGCACACACUGCAAACCCGAGCAAACCAUGCCGAGCCCCUGA